GGGGAAAUAUAUCCUUUUGUACAGGAGCUCUCAUGUAACGAAACAAAGGCUGACCUUCAUCACAUUGAACAAGAUCAACUGGCUGAGGCACUGAAACCAUCCGAUCUCCCAUAUACCAAUCUUCAGUCAAUAAAAGCAACAGGGGAUGGAAAUUGUCUCUUCAACUGUGUAUCAACAUGCAUAAAAGGUGAUGAAUCUCUGUCAUCCGUUCUACGAAUUUUGUCUGCAUGUGAACUGUACUUAUAUGCCGAUUUCUAUGGCAAGCACACACUCCUUACAGAAGCCAGGAACCACAAAGAUAUCAUUAGUAUGGACAUCAAACUUUUAUUCAGUUUCUGGUUGGCGAAUCAUUCUGAUGAAAGUGCCAACGAAGAUUUUUCUACAUGUGUCAAGAGAGAAGCUAAAAUGAUGUGCGAAAACCGGAAAUGGUCGUCUAUGCUUCUGACUUUGCCCAAUGUGAUAAAUAGACCUGUAUAUUCAGCUUAUCCCGAGACAUCAUUCAACAUUCGUCCAUUAUUUAAUGGACAUAUUAGAAUGCGAAAUCCGUCCUCAAGUGACACUAGAAAUAAUGCUCCUCUCGUGAUAAUGUGGACUCGGGAUGGUAACCUGGACUCUAAUACAGGAACUAUAUUUGUUCCAAACCACUUCUGUGCGUUUGUUGAGGCUAGUAAUGAAACAAAUCUUAACAAGAAGAGAACAUGUUCUGAAAUGCCCCAAAAGACAUCAGAUAAAAGACAUAAAGCAUCUAGUUUAAAACAGUUGACAGUGUUUUCAUUCUUCUCAAAAAGUGAUAUGUCAAACGCAGACAUAAACUGCUCAGUAAAUUAUGACCCAAUCAAGCCAGAACAAGACAAACAGGUUCAGGGUAAUACAACUCAGAAACAGCAUCUGAUUGAUCAACCUAAAAAUGAUAAACACGAGAUUUCCAAAGAUCAAAACAAAAACUGCAAGACAUCAAGCAAUGUUGUUAAUUGUCAAAAAAAAGACACUGUCGAUGAAAAUUGUGUUUUACAGGAAUCGUCGUUUCAGUGCACUCGUUCUGAUUCAAUUUGCAACAGAGAGUGCUGUAAAACAGACGUUCCGUUUCAACCUCUAGAUGAAAACAUUGCUGGAAGGAUCUGUUCGAAUGUACAAAAAUAG